ACACACACACACACACGCGCGCGUGCGCAAUAUACAAGGUCUCCUUCUUCUCUGUGCAGGAUGGCUGCCACACGUGCCAGACCACUCACUCUGCACAAGCUUCUCAAGCUGUCGGACCUGGGAAUCGACGGCGAGGCCUUGGUCGCGGGGGCUGUCUCGCUCGAGUCGGAGAGCCAUCUCUGUGUCCGCGAGUCGGUCGAGGACGAGGCCAGGAUCGUCAUGGUCGACAUAGCGGAUCCUGGCCAGGUUGUGAUCUUGGAUGUAGACGUCGACGAUGCCCUGCUCAAACCAGGUGGGGGUGUCCUGGUCCUGCGCUCGGCUCGGAGCAUCAAAGUCGUCGAUCUCAAGCUCGGCACCGCUGUCCGAAGGUGUGUCAUGGACAACGACGUCGAGCUUGUCACAUGGCUCAAUGACAACACCCUGGCGCUCAUCACCACCAUGGCCGUCUACUGCUGGCACGUCGCCUCAGAGCCGAGCCCUCUCCACGUCGCUCACCGCAUCCCCGAGCUUGACGGCGCUGCCAUCACCUCGUGCUGCAUCUCGCCCGACUCGAGAUGGCUGGCUGUCGCCGGCGUGCGCGCCGACGGCGGCGCGGUGCAGCUCUGCUCGCUGUUUGGUGAGCCGACAAGACACGUUAGCGGCCGCGCUUGCGCCUUUGUUGUCUACGAGACUGGCGUGUUGGUUCUGGUCUACGCUGCGGGUACCGGCGCUCACGCAGUCGUCAGCAUGGUAGACAUCGCCAAGAGCGGCACCACUGCCGCGGUAGCCCGGCAAACCGUUCCGCUUGUGCACCCGCCCGAUGCCGCCGACGACGUUCCACUUGCGCUCCAUGCCCUGUCCACAUGCAACGCUGUUGUCUGCAUCACUCAGCUUGGCUACGCCCAUGUCUUUGACCUUGGCUCGGGAUCGUGCCUCUCCACGACCCGGGUCACCUACGACGCAUUGCUUGCAACCACUGUCAGCUCUGAUGCUGCAGGAUUCACCUUUGUGACAAACCGUGGCCACGUCUUCGCCGUCCGCAUCAAUGGGCCUGCCCUCCUCCAAUCCGCCUUUGGCCGCCUCGUUGACGCCGGCCACCUGGAGGCUGCCGCCAAACUCGCUGCCUGCUCGCCGCAUGGCCUCCUCCGCACCCGCGACUCGCUAGCCGCCCUCCAGCUCGUGCCGCCACACUCUGGCCUCCCGGCCACGGUAUACUACUUUGCCAACUUGCCUGAGUCUGCGCGUCUCACGCCCAGCGAGUCGGCGCACCUUGCGCUUGUCGCCGACCUCGACGGCGAUGACGCCGCACUUGUUGCGCUCCGCCGCCGGCUCGCGUCAUGGCAAGCGGGACCCUGGCCGAGCGAGCACUCUGCGGACCAGGCCACGCAACAGACAAUGUCGCGGCUGUCCCAGCUGGCAGUCGACCCCGGUGCCGCCUCCCAGGCUACGAGCAACGCAGCUGCGCUCGAGGCUGCACCGGAGACGCCUGUCGAGGUCGCAGCUCGAGAAGCGGCCGAGGACGCGAACGCGCGAGCAGAUGCCGAGACGGUGCGGCAGUGGAACGCUCGAAACGCGCUGCAUGGCGGCUCACUCGUUGGCCUCUGCAACAAGACCUUUCACGCCAGCGAGUGCGCAUACUGCCACCGCAAGGGCGAGUCGUGCCGGACGUACUGUGUCUUCCUGGCCCUCGCGCUGCGGCCGGAGGACUACGCGCUCCUCAUCGAUCGUGGCUUCUCGCGCUACGGCCUCUCGCUCUACUGGCCCGAGAACGCUGCCUCGUGCUGUCCGCAGUACCAGAUCCGGCUGCUGGCGAGCGAGUUCCGGCCGUCGCGCUCCAAGCGGCGGGUGCUGGUGCGCAUGCGUCGAUUCCUGGCCGGUGAGUGGGAGCCGCGCGAUGGUGCCAACCCGGCGCCCCACACGCUGCGUGUCGAGCGUGUCAGGCCGUACUUUCACAAGCCGACCUACAACUUGUACGUCAAGUACCAGGCCGCGCUCCACAACGACACGGAGGUGACGCCGUCCAAGUUCCGGAACACCUUUGUCAACGACCCGUUUGUCACCGACGACGCGACCGACGGCGUAGCUCACCACUACGGCGCCUGGCACUACCGGUACUACAUCGACAAUGCACUAGUAAUGGUGUGCGCGGUUGACAUCGUGCCCGGCGCGCUCGUCUCCAACUACUGCAUGUACGACCCGGAUCUUGCCUUUCUCAAGCUCGGCGUGUACUCGGUGCUGCAGGAGAUCGAGUGGGUGGUAGGCCACCCGGACGUGGCAAGCUACUACUACAUGGUGUACUAUGUGCCCGGCAACGAGCGGAUGGCAUACAAGAUGGGCUACCAGCCGACCGAGUUCCUCUGCCCGGUCACGCUCACCUGGCACCCGAGCGAGCCACUUCUCCCACGCCUGGACGGGUGGAUGCGACUGGCGCCGCCGGAUCCGCUCGACGAGCUCUGUCUCACGGCGCUGGCCGCGGUGGCCGGCGUCGACGACGCCGCCGCCGCCGCCGCGCUGAAGGCGACGGUCACGGCCGCGCAUGGGCUCGGCAUAACCCGCAGCAACGCGCUGGCGAGCAUGACUGCUGAGCGGGCGCUGAGCCUCAUGUUUCAGGCCGUGCUCGUCGGCGUUGGCUCGCUCGCCGGCGAGUGGCGGCUGUGGGCCGGCAACGCUGGCACCCGGCUCUCACUUCCGGACAUCCAGGUUGGCGAUGCCGGUGAGCUCCCGCCGGCGCCAUGGACGCCGGACCCGGGCAUGCGAGUCAAGUUUGGCUUUGUCGUGACCACACUCGGCGAGCUCCUGGAGCAAACUCCCAUCAACAAUCGCGGGCUGCGACUGCUUGCGGCGUAUGAGCGAGCAGUCACGCCCGAGCUGCUGCAGCGGCUUGUCAUCAGAGUUGGGUGAUCCGCUACGGGCGGCUGGAGCCGAGACGG